AUGGCCCAUGGUACCAUUCGCGAUCAUCUCUAUAAGAAAAACAAUCCGCAAUUAUCGUGGAAUCAAAGACUCAAGAUUUGCAUAGGUGCUGCUCGCGGAUUACACUAUCUUCAUUCUGGAAUGAAACAGUCAAUUAUCCAUAGAGACAUAAAGUCGACCAAUGUAUUGUUGGAUGAUGAAUUUUCAGCUAAGGUCUCCGAUUUUGGACUAUCGAGAUUAGGUCCGAUCACAACAUCAAAUAGCCAUGUAAAAACUGAAGUGAAGGGUACAUUUGGAUAUCUGGACCCUGUUUAUUAUAGGACUAAAAUGCUGAGUGCGAAAUCAGAUGUUUACUCUUUUGGUGUGCUGCUGUUUGAGGUGUUAUGUGCAAGAGCAGCUGUAGUGGAAGGAGAGCAAUUUUAUAAGGUUAGUUUGGCCGAAUGGGCUCUGCAUUGCCAUCAAAGUGGCGCCAUUGAUUCUAUGAUCGAUCCUUUCUUAAGAGGAAAAAUUGGUUUUGACUCUUUGAUCACUUUUGUUGAAAUUGCGAUCAAGUGCCUGGCUAAUCAACGCAUCCAACGACCUUCUAUGAGUGAUGUUCUUCACAGUCUGGAGCUGUCAUUGCAACUAUAG